UUUAUUAAACAUUCAGAUGAAUUCUUCAAAAGAAACUAUUGUUGGUAUGAAAUAAUGGAUAUUUAUGACAAAAUAUCAGACUGCAUAUCCUUAUUUUCUGAAAUAUAUUCCGAUCAGGUGCUAAUAAUGUUUACUACUUGGCUUUUAUGUGCAAUACUAGCAAUUUGCAGAUCUAUAUCACCAACGAUAAAGUAUUGGAAUGUUUACAAAAGCGACAUUGCACGUUUCCUUUCAAUAUCCGGACGACCAAUUGUGUUGACAGAAUUCAGUGAAUAUUUCAUUCGGGAAAGAAAGAAAACACAAAUGCUCAUUUUGUAUAUAAUGACAUACGAAAAUCUUGAUACUGAUUACUUCGUACAAGUGCAAACAAUGGCAGAUUUGGUGAAAACAAGGAAAUUAGAUGUGUCCGCAAAUAUUUUUACGGUAGAAAUACCAAUAAUGCUAAGCUUCGCUGGUACCGUCAUUUCCUACAGCGUGUUGAUGAUACAAUACUUUUAUAUGCGGGUCGUCACCUCUUAGAGUGGACACCAAGAAUAGUUUCAUUUUGAGAGUUAUCAAUACUGUAAUAUUACGUGAUAUAUAAUCUAACAAAGCUUGAGUAUUCAAUUUCAAAUUACGAUUUUUUACGAAACAAACCUUCUCUGGUGUCCUUAGAACAUCAUAAGUCAUAACAUAGUUUCGUCAUACAUAUAAAGUAAUGUGUACA